UUCUGUAUGUUUAUUUCUUUCUUUUCUAUUUUCAUAACACGCACGUGAUCUGAUUUUUCAGGAAGAACAAGAGGAUUUCCAAGGGUAAGAAGGGAGGCAAGAAGAAGGCGUAAGUCAAUUUUCAACUUUUAUCUUUUAUUCAGAUUUGAUAUUGUACCUCAUCCAAAAAGUGAACAUGUCAGCAUAUGAUAAUGUGGUUGUUGGGAAGCUGAAGCUCAAGGGAAAGGCUCUCGAUGUUAAGGCUGGCGGUAUGAAGAAAAAGAAGAAACAUAAGAAGCUUCUUCAAGAUCAAAACUCUGUAAUCAAACAAGAUGAUCUUUCAACUGCUGGUGGUGGAAGUGGCAUUCUUGAGGAGGAUGAAAUCAAUGAUAGCGAUGGCAGCAACAACAACAACAAAUCGAGCGAAGAAGGAAAGAGUGGCAAUUCUUAUGAUCAGAAUAUGACAGCUGCUGAGAAAAGAUACAUAGAACAAAGAGAGAGAAUCGAUAACCAGAGAUUGGCGAAGACUGCUAACAAGUCUCACCGUGAUAGGAUUCAGGAUUUCAAUCAGUAUCUUGCUAACAUGAGUGAACAUUAUGACAUCCCUAAAGUUGGUCCAGGUUAAUCAACCCAAGCCCCAAUGAAGCCUAUCAUCCAUGUCAGGAGUCUUUGUUUAGCAACAAAACUUUUCAGGGCUUGAUUAUGUGUCUUUUUUCUUCUCUUGUGUUCUGUUCUGUUAUGGGACUCAAAAUCUUUGUUUACUGUUCUAUUGUAAGAUUUGUUAGGUGGCCAAGUACACUUGUGUAACUGUACCAAAACUCUAUUCAAACUUGUAUUAUAUAAUCUGCUAGAAAACUCGUAAGAGACUUUAAUGAUAAUGACUUCAUGGAAAACAGGUUUUAUCUUA